CAUCUCUACGAGUGCAACAGUACUGGAUAGCAUACGCUUCAAGUUUUCUGAAUCACACACACACUCAAGGAUUACAGGAACGUCGCAGUACAAAGUACAUUCGGAAUCUCCAAACCGGUUGCAAUACACUUGCCACGAGAUAGCAUGACGAUGCCAUCUCAUCAGUUGGACAAGAUAACGACGGUUUUCUAGGGACCAUAUAAAAGCCCCUUGUGGCAAACCCAGCCAUCAGCCCAGAUAACCAACGCCGUACGACUAGUAUACCCACGAAUUUGAACAGUACCAGAGAACUCACAGACUUCAGACUUGGAGACCAGAAAUCACUAUGUCCACCCCACUCAUCAAGCUCAAUAGCGGUUUUGAUAUUCCUGCAGUAGGCUUUGGAACAUGGCAGUCCAAGCCCAAUGAGGUCUCCAACGCAGUUGAAGUCGCCCUCAGAAGUGGUUACCGACACAUUGACUGCGCCUGGCUAUACGGAAAUGAAAAAGAAGUAGGAGAGGGUAUUCGCGCGUCUGGUGUACCGAGAUCAGAGAUAUUUAUCACCAGCAAAGUUUGGUGCACUUUCUUCAGCAAGAUCCAGGAUGGACUCGAUCAAACUCUCGCGAACCUUGGAACCGACUAUGUUGACCUUUAUCUUUUGCACUGGCCUGUUGCUUUAAAUCCAAACGGAAAUCACCCUGUCUUCCCGAUGAAUUCAACUGGAACUUUCGACGUCGAUGCUUCUUGUGACCUCGAGUCGUCGUGGAAAGGAAUGGAAGCAUUGUUGAAAGACGGCAAAGUCAAAAGUAUCGGGGUAUCCAAUUUCUCGCAAAAGAAGCUGGAGGAGCUAUUGCCCAAGGCAGAAAUAGUCCCCGCCGUUAAUCAGCUUGAGUUGAAUAUCUACAAUCCUGAGUUGAAACUCGUGGAAUAUGUCAAAUCUAAGGGUAUCGUCGUGGAAGCCUACUCACCUUUGGGUUCUACAAAUUCUCCUCUGCUCAGCGACGAGAUUGCUACUCAAAUUGCUAAUAAACAUGCUAUUCCAGUUCCUGACGUACUGCUCGGAUACAUCCUCGCAAAAGGCAUGGUCGUUCUUCCGAAGUCCGUCACUCCUUCCCGUAUCGAGUCGAACUUGAAGGGUGCCUUGGGUGCUUCUCAGGUAUUGACGCAAGAGGAUAUCGAGAAACUAGAUAGCGUUGCGGCGAGUGGGAAACAGAAGAGGUUUCUCUUGCCUCCUUUUGGCGUCGACUUGGGUUUCGACAAUUGGCCAUGAAGGACACGGGAAGAUAAUGAGGUAUUCACAUCAGGCCCGCAGUCUGUAAAUGUAUUAUCGGAUAAAGUUAUGAAUUUUCUCUAUAUUGAUAUGACAGCUCUAAGACCAAACGACAAGUGUGUUCGAGAAAUAAGCCAUGCGUCACACUGCACGAGACUACAAUAGUUCCCUCGAGGCACGACUUCUGGCCCGCUGAGUUUAGGCUAGAAUGUACGAUGCGAUCCCUGACCGGAUGCUCGUCUUCUUUUAGUAUCACCGGGAGCACCUCAAGAACGUGGGUGAAACGUGUCCAUUGCCAUCUCGACAAUCGAAACGUGGAUAUUUACAUGACAUCGGCCAACGGGGUGUACAAUGCAACCCGUAGCUAACGUAGCGGGACCGAUGCAAGCUGGUUUUCCGAUACCAUCGUCGCGGUAGUGCACAUCCCCAUAGCAAGACGCGAUCAAUGAAGUGAUUAACAACCAUUGUACAUCGAUUUGACUUCUGAUAUAGAGAAAUGGGUUUCGCGAACAUCGAGGUGGGGGAAACCCGGGAGCUCGGAAACGCGCUUUCCAAUGGUCCUGCAGAUUCUCCGCACAGGGACGAGGUACGUGGAUUCGAGUGUGUGAAGGGAGAACGCGGAGGUGGAAUUCACUUUGACUAUAUUGGCGAGCCAGCAGAUGAUUCCUACAAACAUAGUAGCCGGAGCAAUCCUUAUCAAGUGCAGCGCCGCACAGAGUGAUGGUAAAAAUCCGCGAGCAGCGCCGACCAAGUAUUCAAUUGCCAAAUAUACCGCGGGGAGGAGUAAUAAGAUGUGCAGAAAGAUUAGAUGUGACCUGGUCUGAUAAAGGUGCACAUGGUGCACAAUUUCGUCCGCAAACCCCGGCGCGGCCAAAAGAAAUGGGAAUUUACGGUUUUGGUCCCACCUUCAAGGUUCUGCUUUCAGAAGUAGAGUUAAAUGCCCGCAUCUGAUAUAAAGAGCAAAACAAAAGGCGAGAAGCAGAAGGGCGUCCUAAAAAGGCAACUCGGCGCGAGUAUGAUGGGUGGCGAUUUGACACGACGACAAGGACGGAUAAAUUGCAAACGUCUUUUGGAAAGAUCAAAGAGAGGUGUAAGGUUUCUGAAGCCGCGGAUUUGCAUCUUCCCUCGAUCGCAGAUGACGAAGGCACAGGUCGAAAAUAGCUGCGGUCCCGUGUGUUUUCCC